GAAAGAAAACGGCCUCCUGCCCUCCGCGCGGAAGCAAAGCAGGGCUCUUUGCUCGCAAGGGCCCGUAAGGCUGCCACAGUCCUCCUCCUUUGGAGCCCUCGCUGCUUGGCCAGCCAGGAUGGCCGUUCCCCUGACGGACAGCGAGAAAAGGAAGCAGAUCAGCGUGCGAGGCAUCGCCGGGCUGGGUGAUGUGGCCGAGAUUCGGAAGAGCUUCAACCGGCAUCUCCAUUUCACGCUUGUCAAAGACAGGAACGUGGCCACCCCGCGGGAUUAUUAUUUCGCUCUGGCGCACACGGUCAGAGAUCAUUUGGUGGGACGCUGGAUCCGGACGCAGCAGUAUUAUUAUGAGAAGGACCCCAAGCGCAUUUAUUACCUGUCUUUGGAAUUCUACAUGGGCCGAACACUUCAGAACACGAUGGUGAACCUGGGUUUGCAGAAUGCCUGUGACGAAGCAAUUUACCAGCUUGGGUUGGACCUGGAAGAGCUGGAAGAGAUUGAAGAAGACGCUGGCCUUGGCAACGGAGGUCUGGGGCGUCUAGCAGCUUGCUUUCUGGACUCUAUGGCAACGCUAGGACUUGCAGCCUAUGGCUAUGGCAUCCGUUACGAAUUUGGCAUUUUUAAUCAGAAGAUUCUUGAUGGCUGGCAGGUGGAAGAAGCUGAUGAUUGGCUACGUUAUGGCAAUCCUUGGGAAAAAGCCCGCCCAGAGUACAUGCUCCCCGUACACUUCUAUGGCCGAGUGGAUCACACUCCGGAUGGCAUUAAAUGGGUUGAUACUCAGGUAGUGCUUGCCAUGCCUUACGACACUCCUGUUCCAGGUUACAAGAACAAUACAGUCAACACUAUGAGGCUGUGGUCUGCCAAAGCUCCCAACGACUUCAACCUUGAAGAAUUUAAUGUCGGUGAUUAUAUCCAGGCUGUGUUGGACAGAAACUUGGCAGAAAACAUCUCCAGAGUACUGUAUCCAAACGAUAAUUUCUUUGAAGGAAAAGAGCUGCGUUUGAAACAGGAGUACUUUGUGGUAGCAGCCACUCUACAGGAUAUCAUACGGCGAUUCAAGUCUUCCAAAUUUGGUUGUCGGGACCCCGUCAGAACCUGUUUUGAAACUUUUCCUGACAAGGUUGCCAUUCAGCUAAAUGACACCCAUCCUGCCCUUGCUAUUCCUGAGCUCAUGAGAAUCCUUGUUGAUGUCGAAAAAAUGGAUUGGGAAAAGGCCUGGGAAAUAACAAAACGAACCUGCGCAUAUACCAACCAUACAGUGCUGCCUGAAGCACUGGAACGCUGGCCUGUAUCUUUGUUUGAGAAACUCCUGCCAAGGCACCUGGAGAUCAUUUAUGCGAUCAACCAAAAACAUCUUGAUCAUGUGGCAGCCCUUUACCCGGGAGAUGUCGACCGCCUCCGAAGGAUGUCUGUGAUUGAGGAGGGCGACUGCAAGAGGAUCAACAUGGCCCAUCUGUGUGUCAUUGGUGCUCUCGCAGUCAACGGUGUUGCCAGGAUCCACUCGGAAAUUGUAAAGAACUCUGUGUUCAAAGAUUUCUAUGAGCUGGAGCCAGAGAAGUUUCAGAACAAGACUAACGGCAUCACUCCUAGGCGCUGGCUUCUGCUGUGCAACCCUGGACUCUCUGAUGUCAUUGUGGAGGAGAACAAGCUGAAGUUCUCUGCUUAUUUGGAAGAACAGUACAAGGUGAAGAUCAACCCUUCCUCUUUGUUUGAUGUGCAUGUCAAGAGGAUUCACGAGUACAAGAGGCAGCUGCUCAACUGCCUACAUAUCAUCACUCUCUAUAACCGUAUUAGAAAAGACCCCAAAAAAUCCUAUGUGCCAAGAACUGUUAUGAUUGGAGGAAAGGCUGCUCCUGGCUACCACAUGGCAAAAAUGAUCAUCAAACUGAUCACAUCCAUUGGGGAUGUUAUCAAUAAUGAUCCUUACAUAGGAGACAGACUGAAAGUCAUCUUCUUGGAGAACUACAGAGUGUCCCUUGCAGAGAAAGUGAUUCCAGCUGCAGACCUGUCUGAACAGAUCUCCACAGCUGGAACUGAGGCUUCAGGAACAGGAAAUAUGAAGUUCAUGCUGAAUGGAGCCCUCACCAUUGGGACCAUGGAUGGUGCUAACGUGGAGAUGGCAGAGGAAGCCGGAGAAAACAAUCUCUUCAUUUUUGGCAUGCAGGUGGAGGAUGUGGAGGCAAUGGAUAAGAAAGGGUACAAUGCUAAGGACUAUUAUGACAGGAUCCCAGAGCUCAGACAAGUUAUUGAUCAAAUUAAUAAUGGCUUCUUCUCACCAAACGAUCCAGGUUGCUUCCGAGAUGUUGUCAACAUGCUGAUGCACCAUGACAGGUUUAAGGUGUUUGCUGAUUAUGAAGCCUAUAUCAGAUGUCAAGGGCAAGUGGACCAGUUGUUCAUGAAUCCCAGAGAGUGGACUAAAAAGGUGAUCAAGAACAUUGCAUGCUCUGGCAAGUUUUCCAGCGACAGGACAAUCACGGAGUAUGCCAGAGAAAUCUGGGGCGUGGAGCCUUCGGCUGUGAAGAUCCCCCCUCCCAACAUCCCCAGGGAAUAAUCGGCUGCAGAGGUGCAUGCGAAACGCCCUGGUUGGCUUGCCCCUGAGGCACUCCUGCUUCCCAACAAAUUUCCCACAGAUGAAUUCAACGUGCAUUUUACCACCCGUCGAUAGUCUCAUAUUUAUAAAAGACAUGGUGGUUACUUGAAAUGGAGAUGACUGGUGCUGUGGCUGAGGAUGGUAGUCAUGACAGCAGAAGAAAUGGGGGGGGGAGGAGUUGACCAAAGUCCAGCUGAUGAUGGGGAGGGAAGCAAGACCUAAAGAGAUGAGCUCAAGAAAGGCAAUCAGAUGGAGACGUUCUCUCUCUGUUAAUGCUCAUAUUUAACCAAUGCAGUUUAUUUGCAUGUACUAUAUGUCAAGAUGGUACCUGAAUGGUCAGACUCUUACGUUCGUAGCAAGUCCUCCUCCUUAGUAACUAAAUGGAAUCCUAGGUCUAUUAGGAAAGUUGGCUUGUGAGCUGUGGUGGGUUGAAUGGAUUUCCUCUGAAUAAACAGGUGCUGCCCUCUAGAGGAAGGCUAAACAAGGGCUAGCUGGAGCCCUUCUAUGACACCCCCCCCAAGUGCAUUUUCCCAGUUCCUUGUCAUAAAGAGAUUUCUGCCCUGCCUGUCGUAAACCCUUGACGACCACAAGUGGUUCUCAUUAACCAUUUCCAUUUCACUAAGCAAUUUGCAUGCACUGUAAAGAAUGAUCAAGAACACGGAAAUAAAUUAAUAAAUGUUUGGAAGGAGCUGGCCAUGAGACACUGGUGUUAGGGACUAUGAGCUGUGUUAACAUUGCUGAAUGCAGAACAGCCCAUUGAAGCACUAUUCGUGCCAAGCAGCACACAGAAUACACUGUGAGAGCACAAAGUCUUUUGUGUUCUCCCUUGCCACCAUCUUUGUAGGGCUAGGCCUACACAACUUGUGACCCAUUAUGUGUAUUGCGUGAUUUGCCAUGUGCUCGACCGUCCCCAGGGCGAGAAGCAAAAACAGGGUGUUCACUGAGUCAGCUGCCAAGCUUGGUGGAUGGGGCUGCACUUGACUUGGCAAGUUACAAGUUGAACGGCCCUUCUAAAGCAGUCACAUUAAGGGAUGUUUAUUACAGUCUCGUUUCUGCUGUAGCCAGAAGACCCACCUUGUAGCAGUCCUAUCUCGAGUCCCAACCCAGGAGCCUUCAUGCAUCAGUAGAUGCCACAUUCCUACCUUAAUAAAAGAAAACAGCACCCGCUGUUCGACCUUUGAAAAUUUAAUUUCAUCAUAUUCAGAAAUCUUUAUUUUGUCUAUAUUUGCUCUAUAGUGUGAGCUAGUAACUGAGUGAAAGACUGACAUCUCAGUGUGUAACAGUUUAAGGGAAAUUUACAAUUUGGAGGAGAUUUUCCCAUUUGGGCCUAGGCUGGCGAUGUAAUUUGCACUUUAAUGUAAAAUAUCGGGAUCUGAAAUGCAGGUCACAUGAAUGUACUACCCAAGCAGGUUCCAGAACCAGAGAGUUCAUUAAAAAAAAAUACUAAAUUGGCCUUUUGAAUGGUCAGGAAUUAUACUUAGCUAGUAUUAGUGUGAGGAAAUGUUGAAGAACUCCAUAUGUAGAACAAAUCCCCUUAUUUUUUUCAAUUUCUCCUUAGACAAACACCACCAGGUGACAAAUCCCUGCCUGUAUUAAUGGGUCACAAUCAUGUACAUUUUGAACAGGUCGUUGGCACAGUCCAUAUGAACAACCACCACCUGUUCAAUAGGAAGCUCUUAUCCACUUAAGUGAUCUGCAUUAUCAAAGAUGACCGUGAUGAUUCCCUGGGAAUCCGACUUAAGCCAAUGCUCCUCUGUGUGCGGAAUAUCUUACGAAAUCAGUCAAUUAAAAUGUGCAUAAUAAAGAAAAAGAUUCUUAUCAAGAAUAACUUAAAGUCAUUAAAGAAGGCUUUUUUCCAGCCUUCUGACAUGGCUCUCACAGGUCCUUUUCUAUCAUCUACAAUGUUCCAUAAGUAUCAUCAAUAGUGAGGGAAGUAUCUCCACAUCUGCCAAUGAGUGCAUGCUACUGGCAAUGAGGCAAGAGGCUCUUUAUGAAACUAUGUCAAUGACUUAAGGCAAUAGGGCAGUUUUCACAUUCAGCAGUGACCUUAUGCUCUGAGUUUCUGGUCUCUGCACAAAAUGGACCAAGAUAUUUCAGAUAUAGGAGAUCAUAUCGCAGGAGCUAGGACUUAGUAAUCCAUUCGGUCCCUUCCAGCUCCUGCUUUUCCAUGAAAAUACCUAGAAACAGGUAGGAACUAAGGCUGGCUCAUGCACAAACACGGCUUCAUUUCUUGUUUUGUUUUCUGUAGUCUACUGGCAGCUGAAAGUGUAAACUGACUCCACUGAAAAUUUGAUAUUGAUGAAAGACCUAUCUGCGGUGUAAUAUUUCUCAUGGGCCAUUGGCACAUACAGAUCAUUUGAUGUUGCAGUCAUCCAGUGAAAAAUAGGCAUGUGCAACUGCAAGCGUGCCCAAUAGACAUUUUAAGACAAGGGCUAGCCUUAAGAUGGGUAGGCAUUUCUGAAACCACGGCUGUGUUCUUCAAAAAUUAUAACCUACAAUAACUGCAGAGCUAAAUACUGUGAUUUAUUCCAGGCAAGACCAUCUCCUCUUGUCCUGAUUAGUUGCACUGCAUCAAACACCCUGAUCUCAUAACUAAGCCAAGGGAGCUCUCAAUGUGCACCUAACUAGCUUGCUCUCCAGAAGGGCUUUUUCAUUCUCUUCCAUGCAGGAGCAGUUCCGUUUACAUUCCUUUGCGCCCACAGAGCUGUCCCUCCAUUGAAGUGAACUGGAGUCUGUGCAGGUACAGGAGUGGUGUGCAGGUAUUGUAGCACAUACAAAGUCUGGAGGAGAGAAAGACUCAUGCCACAUGGUUUUGAUUCAUUCAAUCAACAACAAACUAGGGUUUUCCAGAACACAAUUUUAUGCAUUAGAGUUAAAGCUGUUAAAACUCAUCCUUUAAUUUUUUAAGUCUGAUAUCAUCAGUUCCAUUGCUUUCGUAUCAAUCCUGUCUUGCUGCCCACAAAAAAUUCCAGAACACUUAAAAUAUCCUUUCUCAGUUGUCAAGAGAAUGAAUUAAGAGAGAAAAGUGAGGGUUUGGUUUGUGUUUUCAACAACCUAGAAUUACAUCACUACUUUCUUUCACUAAAGACACACAGUCACUGUUAAGCAAAAGCAGUUGCUUGCAUGCCAAUAGUCUCAUGAUCUGUCUGGGGUUUUUUGCACUGCACUUGGCUGACAAUUCUUCAUUGUCUUGUUGCAAUUUUAUUGUUGGCAUUUUAGCACUGUGAGCCACUUUUCCCUACUAAAGAUGGCAUCUCUUCAGACAAGAAAUUGCCUAAAACAGAUGAAUUGGUGAUUGCUGAAUUUCUGAUUUACCAAAAUGCUCAAUUGCUUGCAAAAUAUGUGUUUUGUCACUUUCAUGGCAUUGUGGGACUGUGUGUGUUUAUAAUAUUCCUGUUAUUCUUGAGUGCUUUCAACAUUAUUAAAGCAAACU